AUGAAAUUAAUCUUUGGUUUAACUUUAAUGCUCAUCGGAGUAGUUGCUUCAAAAAAGAAGGACUUAGAGAACAAGAUAUUUAGAGGCUAUGAGAAGUCUCAGAGACCCGUUUUAAAUGAUGGCGAUGUAAUAUACGUAGAUGUAUCACUGGAAAUAAAGAACAUUCUUGAAUUUGAAAUUGCAAAAGGAUUAAUGACAAGUAAUCUGAUACUUGGAUUAUCGUGGCAUGAUGCUAAUAUUAACUGGGAAGAAGAAAAAGAAAACGUAAGCUAUAUUAAAACUCAAUUAGAGAAAGUGUGGUACCCUAACGUACAAAUAUGUAAUAGCGCUACAGGCAAAUUCACAUUUGAUGGAGAUACAGGAGUCACGCUAACAAGUAAUGGAAGUACGUCUCUCUAUAUAGACAGAAUUUUCAAUACUUACUGCAAGGUUAACGUUAAUAAAUAUCCUUUUGAUGAGCACGAAUGUGACAUAUCUGUUUGUUUUGAACACCAGAUGAAUACGGAGAUAAUGUUAGAUUAUUUUCUGUACGAAGUAACUUAUAAGCCAAUAUCGAAUCAAUGGGAUUAUAGAUAUGAAUACAGCGAGGUUGAAAAACAGGAGAUCAUAACAGCUGGAGUUAUUGUGUACUGCAAAAGAAAAUAUUCUAGUGCAACAGUUACCAAAAUUAUACCGCCAAUUAUGUUAACAUUAUUGAUCUUAUCUGUCUAUGUAUUGCCGGCUUCUUCUGGAGAGAAAGUUUCUGUUGCAAUUACUGUUUUUCUAGCAAAUAUAGUUUAUCUUUCUGAAACUGAGAAAAAACUGGGUAAUAAUUCCCGUGAACCUUCUAUAUAUUUGAUAUACCUCUUAAAUCUGACACUUGUAAGCGGUUUUUCUUCUAUCAGCUCUGUAAUUGUGUGUAAACUGUUCGCCCACGAGUCUGGCGCCAUCACAAUUUCAGAAAAGGAUCAAGAAACAAACGGAUCGAAAAAUAAAAUCGGGAUCAUAGGAAACGCAGAUGAACCAAUUAUUAAGACAAAAUCUAAAAGGCGCAUUAAGAAAUGUCGAAUAAAACAUCAGAUGCUAGACAAAUCCAUUUUGUCAGCAAGUGUUUUAUUCCUUCUACUCUAUAUCAUUAUUGUUUCAUCAGACUCUAUUUAACAAUAACAAAUCAUUAAAACGAAUACCAAUAUAUUUUAUUACAUCUUUACUGCACGUGAUAACCUGAAAUAUAAACUUGACGGAAUAAACAACUCUAUGGAUAAGAAUGGUUGACAAUUUUAACAUCGUCGAAUAUAUCUAAACGAUGCCACAGGUCAGUGUCCGUUCGUUUUCGCUCUUCUAAAAAAUAAUUUGAAAUUAUAUUCUUAGAUGCUAGAAAACUGAACAGCUACUGCCUGAAAACAUGUCUCAGCAUAUUAGAGAAAAUAAUGGAAACGAAAUAAUUGAACAGAAGUCAACUGAAACUAUAUAUAAAACAAACCAAAAUUCAACCAACUGAACAUACAUCAGUUUAUCAUUUGAUUGUUAUCAAAAACUCUAUCCUGGGGAUGUACUAGAAAUCUCAGGUGUUUGGUUAUGAUAAAGACUUUAUUAUUUGUAAUUUUAUUUGUGGACAUAUAUAUAGACCCAUUAAGUAUUGAAUUUAUUUCACUAUCAGCUAACUACUGUGUAAAUUUUUCAUUUAAUUUUUAAAAUGAAAAAAAUAUUUUGUCACAAACGAACUUAUGAACAUUUGCGAUUAAUCUGCCAUUUAAGUUGCAAAUAAUUUACGAUAAAGCCCGCAUUAGCCAUACGUUGCAAAGUGUUGUAGGAUUUAUAUUUAUACGUACUGUAAAAAUAUCUUCUUCUUCACAGUCGUUGUAUAAGCCAGGAAUAAACCAGGGAUACUGUUUGGAUUCAAACAUAUCACUUGUGCUUCAUAGAUGUCUCACAAUGAGUUUUAGUAUUUAUUGCUUUAAGGCUUCUACUUUUUGUCCUGGUAAAACACGUACGUCAUAAAAAAAAGAUCGAUGUGAUACACUGCUUAAUUUUUAAAAUCUAAUAGUGUUGGUUUUACAUGGCAUAUUAAUUGACUAUUUCCUCCAAUAUAGGACAAGUCGGUUUCUUCACCUAGAGAUUGUUUGAGUCUAUACAAAGUGAACACCAUUUUAAGACACUCAAUAAAGAUAUCUUGCCACUAAAGUAUUGUCAAUAAUAUCAAUAGCUAUCUAUUUAAUGCAUAACGGCAUUUACACAUCUUCCACGACAUGAUUUCUUAAUACUUAAAAAUAU